GUCGACUGAGCUCACACAACACAGCACCACAACCACUCUUGCCUCCUCCCUCUUUCUCUCUUCUCUUGUCCUCGUGUCGCUGUCCACGUCCGCCAUCACCACCACACCACUAACACCACCACCACCACCACAAUCUCUUUCUCCUCCUCUCUGUCUGUGUCAGAAGGAUACCCACUUGAGUGGCCCAUCGCAAAAAGCGUUGCAUGCACGCACGCGCACCCACGCAGACACAGCCUCUCAGCGAAACCCUCAAUCAAGUGAUGCUGCCUUCCUCCAACCGCAAGCGCAUCUCAAGUCCAACCCCCUUUGCUUCCCCAGCCAAGGAUCACACAACCAGCAAAAUGGACCCGGCAUCGCUGCUCCCGUGCCCAUCCCCGCCGGCCAAGCGCAUGCUGCGCCUGCACCACGACGACCGUGUCACGGACGACGAUGAGUACGUCCGCCCCGCCCCUCGCGCCCACGCCCGCGCCAGCCCCGCGGCUCGCCCCAUGUGGCGCCCAGCACGCAGCGCCUCCACAGCGACCGGCCUCGCCGCAGACUGCGACUGCGCAGCCGGCACCACGUCCCUUGGCCCUCGCCACGACGUGUCUGCCCCCGCGUCUGCCUGCCUGCCGGCUUCUCGCGGCCGUGCCUCCAGCUUUGACAACGGCUCCAGCCACGCCAGCACAUACCAGCCCCGCUCCCCAUUCUUCUGCGCCAGCGCUGCCACGACCAGCACCAGCAGCAGCAGCAGCAGCCUCGACGUGCCCCACUUCCCCUUUCCCUCCCCUCCACCGACAACAAGCCAUUCAGGCGCCGCCCCUUGCACCACCACCAGUGCUACAAGCAGCACUGGCCCGACGCUCUCCGUGUCCUCGACGGCGUGCAAGUCGCCAAGCCCGCGCCGUGUGAGUCGUGGCCUCUCCUUCUCCUCCCCUCACCGCGCCCACACCGCGACGCCCAUCACCACCCCGCUCGCCAGCAUGACCUCUGCCAGCUCCCUCGACCUUGGCGCCGUCGCCUCGGCAUCCUCGUCCAUGGACAUGCGCUGCGACGACGACGACGACGAAGAUGACGAGGAGGAGGGCCGUGGCAGUGACGCCGAGGCCACCGCCAUGGACACGGUCGUCGCCGCCCACGGGCAUGCAUGCAUGCACGCCCAACAGCACAGCAGCCACCACCACCACCACCACCACCAGCAGCCGCACCGCCACGUCUCCACGGGCAGCAGCCGAAGCAGCUGGCAGCCGGAGGACCCGUUCAGCUCUGCCAGCAGCACGCGCCGCAACAGCCUCACCUCGCCCAACAUGCUGUCCGGCGCGCGCCAGGCCACGCUGGAUCUGCCACAGCGCACAGCCACAGCCAGCGCGCCAACCACGCCCCCUCGCCCGCUGCUCCUGCAUCGCCGCACCUCCUCCACAGCCAGCCCCACGGCCCAAGCCGGCGCACACCAGGGCCAGCAAGCCUCCCCGUCUGCCCACGGCAAGCCCACGCUGUCGCGGCCCAAGCCCCGCUUCAACCUGCCCACGUCCCCAUCGAUGCCCUCGUCGCCCUCGCUGUCGCCGCGCCACCACGCGCGCCUCAUGCUGCCGACAUCGCCGUCGUCGUGCCCAACAACGCCGGAGCCAAAGAGCCGCCGCUUCUCCCUGCUGGAGCGCAGGCGGGAGCGCGCCAUGAGCUGGACGGAGAACGGGCGCCGGCCGUGCAUGAGCCCAGACCUCAUGCGCACGGGCAGCCUGCAGCUCAACGUCCCUGUCAGCGACAUCAACGCCGUGCACAACGACGAGGACACGCGCGUGGACAACAUGCGCGGUGACCGCGUGGAUGCCCUCUUUGAUGCCGCGCUUGCGGUUGGCGAGGAGGAGGCCGCCAAGCAGCUCGACGCCUCGUUCUCAAAGGACGACGCAUAGGGCGCCAUUGCCCCGAGCUUGCUCUUGGCCCCUCCCCCCCCCUAAUCUCUUGCUCGCGUGUGUACAGUAUAUACUCUUUGUAUGUAUGUGGAGCUGUGUUAUGUAUGCGAACCACGCACCGCAUUUGUCCAUCGUUUUGUCAUUCUCCCCUGUGCGCUCCUCCCUCUUGUGUGCUUGCAUGCACGCACGACUUGCAGCAGUUACCUGCGGCGCCGUUCACUCGUUCACAUCGCCAUCCUCUUUGUGUCCCUUGCUUUUCGUUUUCGUGGUGUCUUGAUGUUGGUUAUUCUGUGUUGUGUGUCAUCACAUCAUCAUUAGCACCACGUUGAUGGCGAUGCCAUGCUGAUGCUUGUCAUGAGGCGCUCCUUUGCUCUUGCACGUGCUCUGCAGCACACCACUCUCCUCGCUCUCGCUUUCUUUAUCUCCCUUAUCUUCAUUGUGUCCCCUCGAGCGCUAUCGUUUGUGCGUGGACACACUUUGUCUUGCUCUGUCUUGCUCUCUAUCUAGCGACCCACAUGCCACAUGGAUGAGUGUACACAUGUCCUCAUGUAUUUGUGUUUCUGGGAUGUGUUGAUGUGCGUGUCUUGGUCGCAUCUGUCAUCCCAGCUGCCUUCUUGCACCUUCCUGCGUUGCUGUCACCAGUCACCUGCCACUUGUCUCUCGCACACUCGCCACCUUUAUCUUCUUCUUCUUUUUCUUUGGCGCUGUGCGCCACUAUUGUGUGUGCUCUCCCUCCUUCGCCUCUCUCAACUCGGAUCACCAGAAAGAUUUAUUUCUCCGCCGGCGUACAUACGAAGACAGUAAACAAGCAC